GUAGAAGUCACUGGAGGUAAAAACACAAAAUUUUGUCAAGCGAAUUUUCAAGGUAAAUAUGUAUAAAUAAAAUCUAGUUGAACCAAUUUUGAUGUAAGGGAGCGGUCAUUAAUUAUUGGGGGGGGGGGAGGGCAGGUAAAUUUAGGGGGAGGGCUACCAUUUUUUGGAUCCCCUUUUGGGGAGGGCCAAAUAUUUUUGUGCCCAUCUAGAAGGGAGGGCCACAAAUAUUUGGGCAACUAUUUCAGUAAAAAAAGUUAUAUUUCAAUGACCAAUUCAAUGGGCCCGUACACGGAUAAUGAAUGAAGGCUUCCAUGCAGAGAUAAUUAAAACGAAAUUUAUUUCACCAACACCAGAACAAUUUCUUUCACCAACGAUAAUAAAUCGUAUUUUAUACAUGUAAUGUCAAGUAUAACAACUAGUUGAUACUCAUAUAUUUCCUCACUUGCCGAGCCUGUAAAGUUCAUUGCUAAUUUCAGCAAUAUGGUGUACAUUUUUUCAUGUCAAUAAUAUGCGGUACAAUAAAAUGUAACAAACGGAAGUCUUACAAAUAUAUGGUCUGUAAUAUAAAAACAUAUACGUGAUCAGUCUGAGUCACAUGUUGGUUGACAGUAAGGUAUCCAGAGGUUUCCCAGUAUGGACCAACAUGAUAUAUGAAUGACGAUGACGACGUGGAAGAGUUCAGCAAAAAGCAUGUAGUGGAAAAAAGGCUGGUUACACAGUACCUGGAACAUCUUCGCGAACUAGAAAGAAGGAAAAAAAAGAGGGAAGAUAGCAGAAAGUGCGCAAAUCUGGAAGAAAAGAGAAAGACCUUUGAAGAUUACAACUGGAAAGCUAUUUACAGGGAAGGAAAAAUAAAGAAACUGAAAGUUGUUGUAUUGGACAUGUAUAUAUCAAUGAGAAAUUUGAAGCAGUCGAAAGGGGCGUUAAAGCAAGAAAAAGUCGAUAUCGUAUCACUUGACAUAGCAAAGUCGCUAGUCCCUGAUAACCGUCAACUUUCUGAAGUUGACAGAGAUAGUAACAACCAGGAUUCUGGUGACGACGAUGUUGUCGAGCAGGAGAUUGGAAGUGAUGAGGAUGAUAUUGAUUCUGACGACGAUGAAGGACAAAUUUAUGAAGGUGAUGCGGGAGAAGAGGAGGAGGAGGAAGAGAACAUUUCCAACAUUUUGCAGACCACAAGAUCUGGUAGAUUUCAAAUGAUGUACUAUUUAAUGCAUGUAUAGAGUGUUUUAUACUAUAUAGCCAUAUUUUAUUCACGAAAUUAUGUCGCUGUUUGAUGCUUGACCGAUUGGAAGGAAGCUAUCUAAGGAAGGGGAGGGUCACAAUUUUCUGGGCUAUUGUUUUGUGGGGGGCUAAAAUUUUUGGGCGCUAAUUUGAAAGGGGGUCAACAUUUUUGGGCCCUCGUUUUAGAUAUUUUACCGGCCCUCCCCCCCUAAUAAUUAAUGACCGCUCCCUAAGCUAUAACUUAUAGUGUUUAUAAUACGGUGUUAGUUCCGCUUUUUAAACGAACAAGUCAAACGUUAUCUUAUAACUUUUUAGAGGAAAAACACUGACACAUCAUGAAUUUUGCCUGGGCACUGUCUCUGUUGUGCUAUGGCCUGGCAGUUGUUGGAAAUGCUAAACAGGUAUGUUACUAUGGAUUAUAACUUGGUUCAAAUUGGCAAGCUAUUCGAGGUAGGCCUAGGGCUUGUGAAAUUCACUAGCAUAUAUAUAGCUUAUACAUAGAAAGCUUAAACUUACUCUUUUUGCUACACUGGUUAGUGCAUGUGCCUAAAUUUUCUGUGUUUGUAGUAGUGCAUUGCAGUUCCGUAAUUGUAAUUUUCCCUCAAUCUCCCCAUAGUUAAUAUGAUCUCCCCAUCACUAUAGUCUUCGAGUGAUCCGGUCUCCUCCUGUAGUAAUACUACUAGGGCAUUAGGGAGCUUAAAAGAUGCACCCAUCUGCGAUGCAAACGUGACUAAAAAACAGUCGGUAAUAAUUGGAAACUAUUUUUACUUUGUUUUUCUCGUGUACCUGCAUGGCUUUGUUUACCAACAACAAUCCGUAGUUUUUUAUAUACCCGUGAAGUGAGACUGUGAUAAUAGCGGCAGUUUUUCGUCACGUCCGCGUCGUAGAUUUGGUGUAUCUUGAGCUCCCGUUCUAUUGAAGACUGGCUGCCUGCCAACUUGGUCCACUCGUAGAAGGCCAUGGAGCUUGGCUGGGACAUGUACACCCGUAGUGCGGACCAAAAUAACAACUUGACGGAUAUAUAGAACCGCGAACCUCUAGCACAAAAUGCCUCUAGGGGAACAGUUUGGGGGUGAUAAUGUUAUCAGUGUAAAAAGAACUAAUUGAGGCGAGCUAGUAAAGAGCCUACGGUCGCAAUAUUUGAGUUUCUUAAUUCCUCUAUAUACAUGUACCAGGAACUCUAUUUAUUUAUUUAUCUAUUUAUUCAAAAGCUUCAAAAAACACGGCAGAGCAACCGCAACAGCUUGAGACCAAUCAGUGCAGCGGUCCCAAAACUAGACUUCUGCAUGAAAAGCGUUUGAGCAUUGAUAGCUAGCUUUCACUAUAAAUAAUGUUAGUUUACUUUAGUUUCAUAUGUGCAACCCUGGACCAAUAGGGCAUGCGUUGGACUUUACUUGAACCCUUUUCAACACGUUUUAGAAGAGUUGGAACUGUCAAGUAUGCAUAUAGCGAGUUUAUAGUUCAAGCCUUUUUCUAACAACACAGGAGAACAGUUUAGACGGAGCUAACACAGCUCAGUAUAUUUAAUAGUUUCUUAGAGUCUAGCCUGAUAUUAAUUCAAUAAAGAAUAGCCCUUGAUGUAAGAAUAAGAGGACAGUUAAUGCGGAACUGGAGUAUAGCUUGCUAUGAAGUAUAAAUAAUGAAAACUUAUAUAGUUUUGUUUUGUUUAAGUUUCUUCUCCAGUAUCAACCCAUGACUAAUAAAGGGUUAUUUUCGCUGACAACGUGUUUACUUUAGCGUAUUCCAGCACUGAAUAGUUACGAUCCUGGUUCUUGUAACAAGAAAGCUCAUGGGAAGGAAGUUUUGGUCAAAAACAGAACUGAUGAAGAAAUAAUUCUGAUUUGUGCCAAAGAUAAAGGUGUUUAUCAGUGGAAGCCCACAGAUGGUAAGUCCACCUCAUAAAUCAAGGGGAUUCAAGGCUGUUCAGUUUUCCAGUUAAGUUACUGGAAUUUGUUAGCUGCUAGCCAAUCAGCAACAGUUAGCCUAAAAUGUCGUAAUGUUACUCUUUCAUCUCGAUUAUAAGUCUCAUGUUCUAUAUAAUUAUACACUAAUAGAAAAUUUCGACUAACUACUAUCGGUUAUAAACAUAAGUUGAAAUCAGAAUCAAUCGUCUGCAAGUCUAUAUAACGCUGCAUCCCAGAGCAACUGACUAUUUCAUAACCUCAUUUGUGAAACUCGUUAAUAGUUCACGAAGAAAACACAAAAGAAAGCAGAAGCGUGAAGGAAUUCGUAUAUCUGCUACAGAAUCAUGCUGAUUUACACUAACUUUAAGUUCAAUUUUCUCACCAAAUAUCAUUCAUUUAUUUUGUUGAAGAAUACGAAUGUUUCUCAUCAAGACGUUUCACAAGCCAUUUGCUUCGGCUUGAGUUUUUAAUCCGACACAACACGGCCACUCAUGUUGGAAUCUAAUUAUCUAGCAUCAUUUAGUAUAGGCUAACAUAAUUCGUUCGUAUAAACGAGUUGAGGUUUUCGAGUAUAAUUCAUCCUGCCAAUUACUUACUAAUUUUUAAAACACUGUAAAUUGAUCAUGAUUUUGUCAAAAAUUAUUUUCAAUAAUUUUUUUAAAAAUUUUAUUUGAUGUCCAGGUAAUACUGGUACCGGUAUACGCUUGCAAUUCUCGCAUGAUUAUGUAAUCAAAUCCGACUAAGAUUUUACCAGAUAUCCAGACUAUAUGAUAUCGCAUACAAAUAAAUCACUACUUAAAGUAAGGUGAAUUAAUUUUGAUUCACUUCAAAAACUAAACUGGAUUAAUUCUGAUCCAGUCUCAGGACUGGACUGCACCAACAUAGCUACUUCACUAGAUAUCCAAGCAUAGAGAUUAUAAAUAACACUAGAGGAGACAUUGUAAUCUUAAUUCAGUAAAUAAAAAAGGGAACGCGACUAUUGGGGGGCAAAUUCAAGUCCCGGAUGUGUAUUCGUGUUCCCAUUGGUGACGAGUUUCAAAUCAGCCAAUGAGAGCACGAUUUUAUAUCCGGGACUUGAAUUUGCCCCCCAUUAGCUGCGUUCCCAAUUUUUAAACUCGAUGCCUCCUCUAGUGUUAUUUAAAAUCUCUAUGUAUCCAAGUGCAUGUCGUCAUGUGAGCUGAAUAAAGAAUAUGUCUGACUACAUUGCUCAUGAGUUUGAAGAAUAUGUUUGACUACAUUACUCAUUAUUAAUGAGUUUGAAUAAGAAUAUGUUUGACUACAUUACUCAUUAUUAAUGAGUUUGAGCUAUUUUUAUCUAAUAUAUAGGCAUGGUAACCUGCCCUUGAUUUAAAAAUUCUAAGACGUGAACAAGAUCUUAUUAUUACAUGCAAUAUUUAUACCAUAUCUCACCAGGCUCAAAGAACACAAUUGGUGAAUUUUUUGACGCUGGUCUUAAUUGUUCUGAUAUUUUGGACAUGCUUGAAGACGCUAAAGAUGGAUUUUACUGGAUAACUUUAAAACGUUCAAAACCCAUAAAGGUUGGAUCUUUUACUUACCUUCUAUUAUUUUGCAUUUUUUUGUUUUCUAGGUUUUAUCUAUGUAUUUUAUUUUUCUUUCAACUCUUUUUUAAAAAUGCUUCUUUGAAAUUUCUAGAGAAAAAAUAAAUAUUAUCCUCGGUUAUGUUUUAAUUCUGGUUGUUAUAUUUAUCUUCAAUUUGGACAUGCAAGUUUAACCAAGAUUUUAGUUGAUUUAACGAGGAAAUUAAAUCUUUGUUGAAUUACCUGGAUUUACACUCAACACUACCCCACUCUUCCUGCAUGGUUAAAGCUGUUUAAAAAAUGAAAUAACAAGAAAUCGCACUAUGGAAUUAACUUAAGCCCCGUUUACACUACGCUCAAUUUUUGGUACGGCACGGAUAAAAUUGGCACCCGUACCAAUUUUUUGGUUCUUGGACUACCUAUUUAGGUAGUCCAAGAACCAAAAAGUGGCAUGGUACCAAAAAUUGAGCGUAGUGUAAACGGGGCUUAGCUAAAUAGGUAGUCCAAGAACCAAAAAAGUGGUACGGGUACCAAUUUUAUCCGUGCCGUACCAAAAAUUGAGAGUAGUGUAAACGGGGCUUAAGUCAACUUAGCUAGUUGCAACCUUCUGUUUAAUUUGAACCAAACUAUAAAAAUUUUGUUUGUGGAAACACCACGUAAAUUUGUUACUGCAAAGUUUUCGAUCCGCAAGAUACAUAUUAUUAGCACUGAUGAAGAUCCGGGCUUACGGAUCGAAAGCUUUGCAGUAAUAAAUUUACGUGGUGUUUCCACAAACAAAACUAUUAUAUUUUAUCGCCAUGCAAACAUACAAAGAACUUAUUUUUGAACCAAACUGUUUCCAAAUGCGUGCUUGCCACCUUUCUCCUCAGAUUUUCUGCGAUAUGACGACAGAUGGUGGAGGUUUCAUGUUGAUGGGUCGCAAAAAUAAUUCCAUCACGUGGACAGUUCCAUCCAAUAAACUGACAGUUGAACCGUAUGGUGAACCUCAUUGGUCCAGCUCUCUGGGUGAUGCACCAAUCCUGGACUUCAGGGUACAGAUGGCGACUAGGGAGGAUUUUAAAACAACAAAAGCAGACUGGUAGGUUUUAGGAACUUUAAAAUAAUAGCCUACAAUUAAACUUUGGACCCAAAUUUUUACACUUUUCCUAAUCUUACCAAGGAAACUUGGACGAUAAAACGGUAAACGGAUAGACUUUCGUCAAGCCUAAUGGCACGUUGCUGGAUAUACUUUUUUAUCAAGACCAUCAAGUACAGCAGUGGGGGUAUAUUCUAAGCAAUUUACCUCUCGUCAUACGGGAAAAGUAUAUUAAAGAUGUUAAUAGUGUAAGACAUAACAAAAAAUUGUAAUAACAGCACUUUUGUAAAGAUAUAAAUACUGUGUGAUGUAGGACUGAGAGCCAGUUUAUUCUGUAUAGGUGAAGUUAUUAUUUUACAUAUAAUGCUAUUGUUUGUGGAAACACCACGUAAAUUUAUUGCUGCAUUUACUGCAGUAAUAAAUUUACGUGGUGUUUCCACACACAAUAGUAUUAUAUGUUUUAUCGCCAUGCAAACCUACAAAGAACUUAUUAUUGUACAAUUAGGCCUAUGCACUAUAUCCUUAAACUUUAUAUUACGUUCACCUUCCAUCAGCCAUAUUUAUGAAACAUUUAAUUAAAACACUAUACAGGUAUAAAUAUAAUAAUGAUUACUGCAUGAGAAACGUAGAACGAUGAAGCGGUAUAGAAAAAAAUGAAACUCAGCUUUUCUAUAUGUGUUAUGCAAAUUUGAGUUAUAAAUUAUUUUCUAUUAUUCAUUGUCAUGCACAAUGCAUUGAUGGUUUUGCUUUUGCUAUAAAGUAUAAUUAUAAUGUUUGAUAUAUAUAGUAGGUUUUUAUAUGUUUUAUAACUUUAUCUAUAGUACAUAUAUUGUUAUAAGAAAGGUGCCUUAAUUGCAAAGGACGUGUCGUGUCGGUUUUCUCGUUUUCAAGAUGAGGUAGAGUAAUACAACCAAAAACAACUACAUUUUCUUAUCCAAUAAAAAUUUCAAUAUAUUUAGGUCCUAUAGAUUACAAUCAAAACGUCCAUUGAAGAAUCUAAUGAUGAAUACUGGUGGAUGUGAUCAAAGAUCAGCUGGAAUUGGAGAUAUUGCUUACGUCAAAGAUCUUCUAACUGAGAAAAUUGUUACAACAAGACUACGUUGCUCUAAAUUUGGAUUUGCUUAUCAUCCUUUGGUUAAAUUUGGAUGGGUAAGGAUGAUUUUGUUUAUAUGUAUUGUAUUUAGUGGGUAAUACUGAGAUAUUGUGUAUAUUCUACGUUUUCGAAAAUUCGAAUGCUGUGAAUAAAAAGAUAAUAUCUGGCAUCCUGGAUGCACCCCCUCGUUCGAGAUUAUAUACACUGCAGUUUGUACUCUUCCUUUUGUUGUGUUACAUAAAAAGAAUAAAGACAUGUCAGUUGGUAAACUUGUAUACUGAAUAGAAACUUGCAAAGCUUGUUGGUAAUGAAAACUACCAGUUCGCAGUGGAUAAAAUUUUCCGUUUCGAUUUAAUUAAGGAAUUGCUCCUUGUGCACUCAAGGAAAUUUGGGAGGUGUCUAUAUUUAGGCGGGUUGCAAAGAAAUAAGAGGAUCUUAAUUGUAUUCAUCUCGGAUCCUGCCAAAAUUUUCCCUGAAUCCCAACAAACCCACUGCUUUGCCAAAUCCCAUUGCCCGCAACAAAAUUGGGGAUCUCAUUUCUCAGUGAAAACAAUAGGGAAAUCCCAGCUCCAAUAUGUAAUCACCGCUUCAAUUAUUGCACUCAAAUAACUUAAGCAUAAUUGUUCAUUAUUUUUAGCAUAAGAUGAAUUCUUGCUUGCAAAAGCCAUGUCCAUGGGGCUUUGCUUUUCACGAUGUUGUAAAGCACCAAGUCGAUUUUCACGGAGGGUUUAGGUGAGACCCGUGAGAAACCUUAGAAUCAAUAAUGCUAUAAUUACUAUAAUUUUGUAUUCCCUUAAUUUAUCUACAAACAUUUAUAUUAGAUUCAUCUAGUUAAACGACAUACAAUAGUAGUCCUGUUUUUAUUAUUCUUACUAUUGUAAAUGUUUCUUGCAUACAGUUUCAGCACAACACGAACCAUUUCUGGCAUGGAGUACAACGCAACUGCUUCAGUAGGAUGCGACAAUGGAUAUGUAAGGACUUUUCAACAAAUGUAGUACAUGACCAUUGAAAACCUCGCUUGUUUCAAUUUUUUUACUUCUAAAUGUCCUGUUUAACACACCCAUAAUGACUUGAGAUUGUUUAUCACAUGCGCGUCCAUCACUAUUGGUCCAUGCAAGUUUGAGAUCCAUGUGCGGAAAUUAAGAUUUCCCAGCUAGAGCAUUAAAUAUAUUGGUACAGUACAAUGCGAGUAUGCAUGUAUUUAUAUACGUUAUGUUAUGUCCGGAAAAAAUUUUGUAUGUGUGCUUCUAAAUAUUCAGUUUAACACACCAAUACUACUUGAGAUUUUUUUAUCACUUGCGUCCAUCACUAUUGAUCCAAGUUUUAGAUGAAUCAGGUACGGAAAUUAAGAUUUCCAGCCUAGUUUCAACCUCCCAAAGAGCCUGGGUACGAGGUUGGCCUAGUUUGAGCCUUAUAUAUUACAUCAAGGUACAGUACAAUAGUGAAUAUACAUGUAUUUAUAGACCGAUUCAAAAAUAUUUGUCAUUCUUUUUUUCUCCCAAAAUGAAUUUCAACCACUUUAUGGAAUACUUCAUGAUCAAAAUGAAAUCUAACACUUUUCAGUACAAAGUGUAUAAAUAUGUAAUAUCAAAAUUUUGUUUCUGGCAGCUGUUCCUGGUCGAUAAUUUCCAUCUACAAUACCAUUCAACUAUAAAUACAAUACCAUGUUGUUAAUCGGAGUACAUUUUGCAAGAUUGAGCAAAAAAUCAUAACUAGCCUUGUUUUGGCAUUUUUUGCACAUUGCAAAGACUCUUCAAAAGGUUAUAAUUUGGCAUGCAGGGUAAUUUUAUUAAUUAACAGUUUCUGUUGAAAAAUUGUUAAUGCGUAAAAUAUAAAAUAAUUGUGAAUAAAAAAAAUUCGAUUAAUUUUUAAAUUAAACUAUAUGCAAGCGUCUGUUGAUGUACUAUGAUUGACUAUAGUACAAUACCGUGCAAUAGUACUCUACUACUUACUCCUUAAAAUCUAGAACAGCUAAACUGCUCACGCACUUAUUAAAGAACUUUUUUAUUGUAAUAAGGAGGGACUUGUUCAGUAAUUUAUUUAAAUUAAACUUGUCAAACAGCGUUACGUUGAUCCCGAUCCUGACCAUUUCAAAGACGGGGAGACCUAAUAUAUAUUUAUCUUUAUAAAAUUAGUGCUGUGGUUGCUAUGGUCCUGUGGGAGGUACGAAAGAUUACUGUGCUGAAAAUUGUAAAGCCAUUAAUGGUGGCACAGUUAUAAAGAACGUGUUCACGUGGUUUUGGGUAAGAUCCAGUCUUCCUAAGAGACUCUGGAAGAAAUGUAUGGAUUAUCAAGUCAAGCGAGAUGAUGGAAAAUUGAUUUCGUAUAAGUUGAUUGGACACGGUGUUGUUCCUGUUAAGGUAGAGACAUGUGUAGAUGAUUUUAAUUACUUAAUCUUGCCAGUUUAUCCGAAGUCGCCAACAACAAAAGGUUAAUAAUAAUUGCUGCGGAGCGAACGAGCCUGAAGCGAGUGAGCGUAGCAGCAACCUAACGGCAGAGAGGGGGUUUUGAACUAAAUUUUAUUUAGCGCAUGGAAUUGUGGUCGUGCGCGCUUUCUAUGCGCAGAACACAAAUUUUAAACUCGCUCGAGUGUUCGAAUUUUUAUCGAAUUUCUAAAGCUUUUUCAAGUCUAAUGUUACGCUUGCAUUUGUUUUGGACUUUGGCCACUGUCAGUUCUAUAUUUUUAUUAAGUUUUGGUUUCUCAGUGUGAUAAAUCUGUGUAUAUAGUCUAUAUAAUGGGUAAAUGCGCCUGGCAGUGAACAGACUUGAUAUGAAAUCUGAUCUUAAUUUACAGUACCUGUAUGUCAAUAAGACGCACAUGUUUAAUAUAUCUCACCUCUGAUUGCCCUUUAACCCCUGGUCUUUGCUACUUCAAUAUAUAUUGCCUUUUCUCAGUUCCAUUCACAGCUCACUAGUCGCAGCGAGUAAUCACUGUGCUUGGUAUAAUUUGUGCUGUCUACUGUAGUUCUAUUUGCUUUUAAUGCCCGCAGCAAUCCCUACCUUGCAGGUACCCUAGUUUAAUUUAUUUGUGCACAUACAACUGGUAAUUUUACAGUUUAAAUGAACAAUUAAACAUUUAAAUGAAUAAUUCAUUAGACACGUUACGUCCAGGAACAUAAAGCUCGUUCAAUUAUCAAUUAAUAAGGAAAUAUAAUGUAUAUUUGUUUGUUUCCUUUAUUUUUAAGGGUAGCUGUAAUAAAGACUCCACACUUCUGAACGAUGGGGUGAGUUUAUAUUUUGUUUUAGGAGCAAUUAAUCAAUUUUUUUUGUUUUUAGUUUCUAGUUUACACCAAUGAAAAUGGCGAAAGAACGUUAAAAACCCGUCGCAUUACCGUGUUCUGAAGAAAGCAACCUUUCAAUUAGCCGUCAUACAUUCAGUAUUUUCCCCCACCGUUUACCACUUUACGUGCAUGUUUAGUAAUAUUUACAGCACUCGACUUUACCAAUUUUAGAUUGUAGUCGUACCAGAUUCCUCGGCCGCGCAGAAAGUGCCUGCAAUUGACGGUUUACUGGAAUACCGCAAGGACAAGCAAGAACUUUAUAUAAGAUCAAACAAAACAUGGAAUGCACUGGCACCAGAGAACAAGGUUCAAAGUCAUAAAUCUUAUCAAAAGACAUGUCGAAUUUCGAGAAAACUGAAAAACUCGAACAAAGUCUGACUAUAAGUGAUAAAAAAGAUUAAGGUUUUGUCGUUUAAAAAUAUUAAAAUCAGAUUUUAAACCGAAGACGCAGUAGACAAAAAUACUAUUGCAACUAUUAGCCUACUAAUAUAAAAUAUUAUUUAAUAUUUAGUUUAUUUAAUUCGCUGUUUUCACUUUAGAUAAUACAGGAGACGGACAAAAAAUACAAGUUAAAUUUGGAUAAGAUCAAAAACGUGAGCAAUUUAUUUGUCUUAACUUCAUGUAGUCAUAGUAAAUUUUGGGUUUUACUAUAGAACGGCUCCUCGGCAACCCUUCUCCCACAACAUUGUGUGUGUCAUAGUUGUUUUCUUAAUUGUCUUAGAAUAUUUGCUUAACGAAUUGGUGCAUUAAUUGAAUUCGCUGUUUUCACUUUAGAUUAAAAAGGAAACGGACAAAAAAUACAAGUUAAAUUUGGAUAAGAUCAAAAAACUUGAGCAAAACGUGAGCAAUUUAUUUGCCUUAACUUCAUGUAGUCAUAGUAAAUUUUAGGUUAAAACCUAAAAUUUACUAUGACUACAUGAAGUUAAGGCAAAUAAAUUGCUCACGUUUUUCUCAAGUUUUUUUAUCUUAUCCAAAUUUAACUUGUAUUUUUUGUGUUUUACUAUAGAACGAGGAUCUGCAUAUCCGGCCGUAUAGUUCUCACUUCACUGUCGAUCUUUUAAAUUAUACCAGGCUUCACGUUCUCAACUCAUAAAUUAUGUCAAAAUACGUCCUUUAUCAGUCAAUGCCGCGGCUGUGAGCAAAUUAAGCUACUACAAUUAUAUAGUUGUCGUGAAUUUUGCGUCGUAUCAGGAUUUAAUUUUAUAUAAUCAUUUAUUUUGUUCGCUUUGUUCAUAUAGCAAAAUUAUUUGGUUGUUUGGGAAUGGAGUGCUCACAAAGGUCAUGAAAUCCUUCGUCAUCGCGCGUCAUGAAAUCCUUCGUCAUCGCGCGUUAGCGUGCGCACGCACGCUGGGCGCUUCGCAAAAGUUUGCAUUUUUUUCCAUCAAGAACACAAG